GCGCGUCGAGCGACAUGUGUAUGAGAGCUGAGCGCUUUAAUUCUGUAACACUGUAAACUAUGAUAAGUUGUUGGGCAGGAGAGCUGAAUUAUCCCGGAGAAAGGAUUGUUCACUGACGUACGGAAGUACACGAAGCCCUCGUCUUUACCUGACUUCGGCCCACAUGAUCUGUGUCGUUAAAAACCCAUCGCCAUACACAGGUGUUGAUCUGAAAGCGUAUAAGAGUUUGGAUGCCUACAAAUAUUUUGUGUCAGGCUGGGUAACAUGCCUACAUCAGUGGGUCGUCCCUGGAGCCGGUGGUCACCAUCUGAUUACAGCUAAGAAACUAACAGGCAGUGUGGAAGUCAUGGCAAGCAAAACGGACAUUGAAAUGGAACAAGACACAAACAGGGUAACUGAUGAUGAGGAGUUGCACAUGUCUGAGGAGGAAGAUGCGGACCAGGAGGAGGAGGAGGAGCAGGAGGAUGUCAGUGAAGGCAAGAAAACAAAGGGCAGGAAGUGUAUCCCGGGUAUCGUGUACCUGGGCCACAUUCCACCAAGAAUACGGCCCAAACACGUGCGCAACAUGCUGGCGGUGUACGGAGAAAUCGGACGCGUUUUCCUUCAGUCUGAAGAUCACUCCAUUAAGAGAAAGAAGAGGAAAGCAGGGAAUCGCGGUUCGAGGUACGUGGAAGGCUGGGUGGAGUUCAGGGACAAGCGCGUGGCUAAGAGAGUAGCGGCAUCUCUGCACAACACGCCCAUGACCAACCGCAAGAGGAGCCACUUCAGCAGUGACCUGUGGUGCAUCAAAUACCUGCACAGGUUCCAGUGGUGCCACCUGAGCGAGCGCCUGGCGUACGAGCAGUCGGUGUACCAGCAGCGCAUGAGGACGGAGAUCUCACAGGCCAAGCGCGAGACCAACUUCUACCUGGCCAGCGUGGAGAAGAGCCAGACCCUGGACAGGCUGAGGAAGAAGAGAGCAAAGAAGGGCGAGGUGGUGGAGGAGAAGGGCUGGGACUUCACACAGCGGCGCACAGAGGAGGAGAUGAGGCUGGAGCGCAUGAAGAAGAGCGGCUUGUCCAAGAAGAACCUCCAGAAAGCUCAGGAGAAGAGCAGAGCCAUCCAGGAGAAAGCGCAGUCCAACGUGUCCCUGCUGGCGAAGAUCUUCAGCAAAGGGGCUUCACACGACUGAGGCACGUGUGUCUGAUUGAUUAACUCCAAAUCAUAACUGUACACAGACUGAGAUCAGAUGGAGUGUACAUACAUAUGUUUGUUGUGAAGGUGAUGAAACUCAUAAAGGCUUUUUGGCGCCACGGAGUAAUUCAGGACUCUGUGAUUUAAAGAUUUGAGACUUUUCUCUCUGCGUCAAACUGGCAGUUUUGUGAUUUUUGUUUCAGUUCAGGUUUUUUUCACUCACUGGAUUCUGAAUAGCCAUGUUUUCUAAUGUAUAAUGAUGUAUUUUUUACGGAAGCAGCAUCUUUUCUCAAGACAAAGUUGACCUAUGAGCAGUGUCAUUUCACGUCACCAUAAUCAUGUUCUAUUUUGUUUUUCCAGAUUACACUGUACAUUUCAUUUUUACGUAACUUGGAGAAAUAUAAACAAUCACUAGCUUCAGGCUUCGUGUUUAUCAGACUGAGUUUUUUAGCCAACAGAGAAAUGGUAUAAA